GCUGGUAUUCAAUCUUACCUGAUAAAAGAGUCUCAGUGUGCCAUCAAUCAUCUUUAGGAUUAAACUAUGGCCUUAUUGAGAAGAGUAUAACAACGAUAAAAAUAAAAGCCUAAGUGGUGUUCGAUACCCGCAUCUAUGAAUCGAAGAUUUGCCUUGGUCUGGAAUAUUAUCCGAUCGGAUAAGGAAUAUUAUAUUGGAAAAUAGCCUAUUCGUAGAUGUCACAUCAGACUUAACAAUCGGGCAUAUGGCCUUAGUUGCCGGUCCUUAAUCCUCAGAGGUCUACAUCACCAGGUUAGCUGGCGAAGGCCCAGGAAGCUGGAUUCAACAGCCGUACUGGUAUAAAUCCUCGCAGACGAAGAAUAAGAAGAAGAAGAAGACUUAACAAUCGUGAGGUGAAAUCCGUUCGUAUAAAUACCCUUAGCGAUCGACGGAAGUGACUAAAAAUGCAGUCCAGUAACGAAAGCAUCACACCCACGCCGAUGGUUGACGCGACUGUGCUAUGCCAACCAAAACAGGAACUGCCCACCAAACCCGAAAACGUACCAAACGAAACUAUUUCUCCCCGUGGCUAUCAUCGGUACAAUCCAGUUCCAUUUACAUCUCAAGUCUUAUGCUUCCCGCGGAAAGUUCGCUUUUAUGCACCGCACUUGCGAAUGCGACCGUACUAUGUACCCCAUCGAACGCGAACAAAAAGCGAAAGUUCUGAUCCUUCGAAUCAUACGAUCGUUCAGGACCCCGGUUUGAAUUCCAUCCCCACAACGAGCACUUCCGGCACAGCCUCUUUGAUGAUGGAAACAGCAGAACCGCCGGCAAUGAUGGAUAUUUCAACGGUCAACGUGUGUCCGGGAGGAAGUAGUGGAAACGUCGCGAUCCGUGGUAAAUUCCCAUUAGUGCUACUAACCAAAUCCCGCUCCCUCGAGGAUGUCCGGGCGGACAACUCGGUGGAAGGGUCGCAACCAUCGCACGAGAUGGAGUUCGUGUCUAGUCGCAUUCAAAAGCUAAAAGUGCAGGAAUGACCUGCAUAAUGCAGGUAUGGUUUAAGUAACCCGCAAUAUUUUACAAGCAAAACUUCCAAGCCAUAAGGACGCAAUGUUUGGAAUUCUUUCGACAU